AUGUUGCUUGAACUGACUGUGCCAGCAUCAAGCAUCCCUGACGGAUGGAUGGGGUUGGAUAUUGGACCUGAUUCCAUCAAAACAUUUGGUGAAGCAUUGGACAAGACUCAGACCGUCAUUUGGAAUGGACCAAUGGCUUUCAUUUUUUCACUUAAGUUUAUUGAUGUGAAGGCUUACCGGUUAGUUCUUCUUGUAGAUGCUGUUGUUGCCAUAACCAGAACACCAAGCCAAGAGGAACCAGUACAGCUUUUAAUAUCAAGAAGCAUGGAUGUGCCUGAAAAUAGGAGAUGGAUGGAUAAUAGGUUGGAUUGUGAUAGGCAUGUGACUGCAGAAUUCAUUAUAGGAAUUAAUGAUUUUAUUAAGUAUGCUUGUGAACAAGAUCAAUUUGUUGCCGGAGGUCAGAAAAUCAGGUGCCCUUGUAAGAAAUGCAAGUGCAUGAGAUUUCAAGAAACAGACUUGGUGAAAGUCCAUCUAUGUAUGAAAGGUUUCAUGACUAAUUAUUACCAUUGGACAAAUCAUGGAGAACCUAUUCCUCAAAUGCCCCCAAUGGUUGAUGAUCACUCUUACUACGGUAAUAGUGGGCCAAGGGAAAUGUAUAAUACUUAUGAGCAGUUGGUGAUGGAUGCUGCUGGACCAGUAGUUGGUAACUAUCUUGAGCAAGAGGACAUGAUGACCGAAGAUCCUAACCCUGAAGCAUCUCAAUUCUUUAAUUUGCUGAACGCCGCAAAUUCUUCUCUGUGGGAUGGUUGUGAUAAAUAUUCUGUGCUGUCAGCUUCUCUAAAAGCCCUAAGUUUGAAGGCAGACUAUGGUUUAUCUGAGGGGUGCUUUAAUGAAUGGGUGCAAUUUAUGGGUGAUGCAAUGCCCGAUGGUAAUUGUAUGCCUAAAAAUUUAUACCAUACGAAGAAAUCAGUUGCUGAACUAGGGCUAGCAUGUGUGAAGAUUGAAUGUUGUCCGGGGGGUUGUAUGUUGUAUUAUAAAGAAGAUGAGAUGCUGCAAAGUUGUAAGUUUUGUAAGGAGAAGCGAUAUAAAGAGGUAAAGAAACAAGGUAAGGUAAAGUUGGUGCCACUGAAAAAUAUGUGGUACUUCCCGCUUGUUCCAAGGCUACAACGAUUGUAUUCUUCAACACAAACAGCUAGUCAAAUGAGAUGGCAUCAUGAGCAUCAUAGGGAGCCAGAUAUCUUGUCUCAUCCAUCAGAUGCAGAAGCUUGGAUUCACUUUGAUAAAGUCAAGGAGAACCUUUCUUAUGCUAAGGAACCUCGAAACGUAAGAUUAGGCUUAUGUUCUGAUGGCUUUACUCCAUUUGACAUAUCGGGAAAUAAAUAUUCUUCUUGGCCUGUGAUUAUUACUCCAUAUAAUUUGCCACCAUGGAUGUGUAUGAAAAGAGAGUUCAUGUUCCUAACCAUUAUAAUUCCUGGGCCUUCUGCUCCAAAAAAAAGUAUUGAUGUGUAUUUGCGCCCCCUUAUAGAUGAACUGAAAAUGUUGUGGGAGGAUGGAGUUAUGACUUAUGAUGUCUCCUUGAAGCAAAACUUUUUGAUGAAGGCGGCUGUGAUGUGGACAAUCAAUGACUUUCCUGCGUAUGGUAUGUUAAGUGGUUGGAUGACAAUGGGAAAACUUGCUUGCCCGGUUUGUAUGGAGCGCUCUAAGGCAUUUUCUCUUGCAUAUAGUCGGAAGGUCUCUUGGUUUGACUGUCAUCGCCAAUUUUUACCAGAAGAUCAUGAAUACAGGACAUGUAAGAAGAAAUUUACAAAAGGUAAAGGUGAGACCUCAACUACUCCACGAAGGUUGACGGGUGAAGAAGUGUGGGAAAGAGUUAGACAUUUACCGAGUGUGGAGGAAUCAAAGGAAGAUCAUUCACAAGGAUAUGGGGUAGAGCAUCAUUGGACUAAACGAAGUAUAUUUUGGGAAUUGCCAUAUUGGAAAACUCUUCUACUCCCACAUAAUAUUGAUGUAAUGCACACUGAAAGAAAUGUUUUUCUCAAUAUUUUGUACACUGUAAUGGACACCAAAGGGAAAACAAAGGAUACCUUCAAGUCUAGGAAGGACUUGGAAGAAUAUUAUCUUAAGCUUCCAGAUGGUUAUGUUUCCAAUUUGGCCAGAUGUGUUGAUAGGAGUGAAGCAAAGUUGUCUGGCAUGAAGAGUCACGAUUGCCAUGUAUUCAUGCAGCGGUUGCUUCCAAUAGCAUUCAAAGCUUUACCGAAGCCUAUUUGGAACACACUUACUGAAUUUUCCCAAUUUUGGAGAGAAAUUACUUCAUCAUUGUUGAUGGAAAGUAAAUUGCACAUUAUGGAGGAAAACAUUCCAAUAAUUCUGUGCAAAUUAGAGCAAAUAUUUCCCCCAAGUUUCUUUGACUCAAUGGAACACCUCCCAAUUCAUUUGGCAUAUGAAGCAAGAGUCGGAGGUCCUGUCCAGUACAGAUGGAUGUAUCCGUUUGAGAGGUUUAUACGAACAUUAAAACAAAAGGUAACAAACAAGGCUCGUGUAGAAGGCUCAAUUGCCAAAGCGUAUUUGCUGGAAGAGAUGUCUACAUUUGCUUCAUAUUAUUAUCCUUCUGAUGUUCCAUCAAGGAGAACAAGGGUGCCACGGAAUGAUGGAGAAGGCUCAUCUGAGAAUCCGCCAUUGUCUAUUUUUAAUCAUCCAGGUCGUAGUUAUGGAAAAUGUAUCACCUCUACCUUGAAUGAUAAUGAAAUGGAAGCUGGACAUUUGUAUAUUUUGUUGAAUUGUCCUGAGGUGGUACCUUACAUCAACAUAUACUCAGAUCUUCUACGAGAACUAGAUCCAGAGAUAAAUGAUGAAGACUUGGACAAACAAAUUUCCAUGAGGUUUCCUACUUGGUUGAAAUCAUAUGUGCUUGAAUCAAGAAAUAAAAUUGAUGAUGUGCUUUUGAAGAGUUUGGCAUGGGGUCCUCUUAGAAAUGUCAAGAAGUGGCGUAAUUAUAUUAUUAAUGGAUACAAGUUUGUCACAAAAUCACAAAAUGAAGGAAUGAGUACGACAAAUUAUGGUGUAUGUGUUAGAUGUGGGGAAAAUGAUUCAGUGGGCAAUGAUUAUUAUGGGAUGUUAAUUGACAUUGUUGAGUUGGAGUACACUGGUAGCCCUACUAAGAAGGUGGUUUUAUUUCAGUGUGAUUGGUUUGAUCCUAGCCCUCAAGGAACAAGGAUUGAUGCUUAUGGAAAUGUUGAGAUUAAAAAAUCUAGGAGAUACCCAAGUUAUGAUCCAUUCAUACUAGCUCAACAAGCAGAGCAAGUGUACUUUUCAUCCUAUCCUGAAGGGCAACAAAUCUGGCUAGCUGUUAUAAAAACCAAGGCGCGUAAUGCCAUUCAAUUUUUGGGGAAAAAUAAACCUGAUGAUGCUUAUCAAGAUGAUGAUGUACAAGAAAUGCCCACAAUGGUUGCAAAUGACGAUCUUGAGGAAAUUCUUGUUGACAUAGCUGAUGAAGGAGAAGAAUUACCAUGGAACCAAAUGGAUUUGGAAGAUUUAGAAGAAGAUGAAGAAGAAAUUGAAUACUCAACAAGUAGUGAAGAAGAGGAAGAACUUAUAGAAGAAGAUGGGAAUUCCGACUCUGACAUGGAGUAG